AUGGCAACCAACGAACUAAUGGCGCCGACGAUUCAUCGAAAAUUAGCAUUAAUUAUUGGCAACCAAAGUUAUAAAACAAAACCGCUAUGUUGUGCAGUGAAAGAUGCCACGGACUUAGCUGAUGUCUUACGCAAAAUUGGUUUCACCAUUGAAUUGGCUAUCGAUUGUACUCAUGAAAAAAUGAUUGAUUUGAUUGGAAAGUUUUCUCGGCGUAUUGAAGAUCAAGAUUUAGUAUUGUUUUACUAUGCGGGCCAUGGUUUUCAAUAUAGGGAGCAAAAUUAUUUAUUGCCAGUGGAUGUGUUCGAACAAAUAGAUGAAGAUUUAAGUAUUAAAGCAUAUGCGAUCAAUGCUCAAGAUGCUUUAAAUAGUCUGAAAUCAAGAACAUGUUAUGUCACACUAUUUAUUCUUGAUUGCUGCCGUGAAUAUUUAUUCGAUGAUAGAAAUCGAUUUAGAAAUCUUGGAGAUAAUAAUCAAGGGUUGUUCAAAAUGACAGCCCCUGGUGGUUCUCUAAUCCAGUUUGCAUGUGCUCCAGGAACAUUAGCAUCAGAUGGUGUUGACAACGAUAAGAAUGGAUUGUUCACUAAACAUUUAUUGAAACACAUUGCUACUCCAAAUAUAGAUAUUGAAGUAAUGUUUAGAAAAGUUGCUUUGGGCGUUUAUGAAGAGAGCAAAGGACGUCAGAUACCAUAUCGUGACAGUUGUCUUAUGGUUGACGAUCAUAUUCAUUUGUUUACCGAAUAA